AUGAACAACCGGUACUCGACGGUUCAGCGGCCCGAGGCCGCUCUUCAGCGUGCCAAUGACUUCAUUUCGGUUGGAAAGGAGGCUGACGCCUUGAAUGCUCUCUAUGAAGUCAUCAAGGUGAGUAUUUCCUAUGUUUUCUUUUGUUUUUAGCAGAACCUAUUUUGGGCAUGGAUAACAUCAUACAUGUAAUGAAAAAAACCUGGGUUUCGCCCAAGAAUAGAAGUUUUAGGUUUAAGCCAACGAAAAAGAUCUCUGGAAAAACUAUACUGCUUCUAGGACCGUCGUUCUCGACAAUGGAGUGAAACAUACGAAGAGAUCAUGAUGAAGUAUGUGGAACUCUGUGUCCGACUUCGAAACACCGCUCUGGCCAAAGAUGGUUUAUUCCAAUACCGAGUAUUCACUCAACAGGUCUCGGUGACCUCGCUUAAAAGUGUCAUUGAGCAUUUCCUUGGAUUGGCUGAACAAAAAACGGAAGAGGCCCAAAAGGAGUCGAUGGAACGCGUUGAAGAAAUUGAUGACCUGGAUAGUGCUGAUGCCCCGGAAAAGUACGUUCUUUAUCUCUGUUUCGAAUAUUUAGGCAUGACUUGCAAAGAAAAGGAAGUAAUAUUGCCAAUGUUAACAUACGAUGUUUUUUCAGUUUGUUGUUAUCUGUUGUCUCCGGUGCGGUCACCCAAGAUCGUAUGGAUCGAACAGUCCUUUCUCCAUGGUUGCGUUUUCUCUGGGAUUCCUACCGAAAUUGUCUGGAUAUGCUCCGAAACAACGUGAUCGUCGAAGAGAUCUACCAUUGGGUGGCCAGAAAAUCAUUUGAAUUCUGCGCCAAGUACAAGCGAAGAAAUGAGUUCAGAAAGUUGUGCGACCUCCUUCGAAUUCAUUUGGCUCAAAUCCAAAAGAGUCAGACCUCCGUGUCGGAGCCGAGAACAAACGAUUAUCGAGUCAAGUUGAGCAGCAUAGACUCUCUGCAAUUUAUGCAGGACACUCGCCUUCACCAACUCAACACUGCCAUUCAAAUGGAACUCUGGCAAGAAGCUUACAAAUCCGCCGAAGAUCUCCACAACAUCAUGCAAUUGUCGAAGGAUAAGGACCGCAGAAUGGUGAAACCCGCCAGCUAUGUCAACUACUUCGAUAAGGUAAGAAUUUGAUUUGUUUAUUCGGCUUUUAGGUGUGAAUGAUAUGUGAUGGGUAAUUAUGAUCCAUUUUUAGCUGGCUAUGAUCUUCUGGAAAGGUGGCAACACCCUUUUCCACGCUGCUGCCCUCCUUCAGAAGUUUAUCAUCUGUAAGGACAUGAAGAAGACCUUUACCGGAGAAGAGGCUACCGACCAAGCCACCAGAGUUCUUUUGGCCACCUUGACCAUCCAAGAUGGUGCUGAUCAGCCCUCGACUCUGACCAAACUUCUCGACAUUGAGGAUCAGCAUUUGACCAACAUUCGGUGAGUUUCUUUGUGAUUUUAUUUGAAUUUCGGAUUUUAGAGUGCUUUCAUCCCUUCUUCGACUUCCCAUUGCCCCAACACGUGCUGGUCUUUUGAAAGAGAUUGCGUGGUUGAAUAUCCCCGAAUUGGCCAUUGAACCAGCUCGUCAAAUCUACAAGAACCUUGAACUCGAAUUCCAACCAUUAAAGUUGGCGUCGGUCAUUCAAGGUGGCAUUGACAACUUGAAUAAGCUGGAGAAGCCGGAAUACAGCCAAUAUUCGGAUGAACUCAAGUUUGUGGUCGCCACGAAAGUCCUCAGACAACUCUCUAUCAUUUAUGGAUCACUCUCUUUGAGUCGAUUCCAAAAGAUCAUUCCCUUCUUCUCGAGAGUGGAAUUGGAACAUUUCUUGGUCGAAAGUGCGAAACAUAGAUCGAUCAAGGCUUCGGUCUCCCAUCGAGACGAUUGUGUUGUCUUCUCGGCAUUGGAUCUGACUCUAGCUGGAGGUUUGGAUGCCAGUGUGGAUGUUGAAGCUGCUAGUGUAAGUUUUUUGAAAUUAUUGUUUUGUUUUUUAGGUAUCGAAAAUAAUAUAAUCCGCUUGACGUUUGCAGAAUGGGAUAGAAUACAUUCGCGAGCAUCUUAUUCAACUCCAUAAUCAUUGCCAGAACGCUGUCUUUGAGCUGGAAGGAGCCAAAGUUGAAUCUGAGAUUGCCUCGAAGUUGGGAGAGCAGGUCAAGACUUACCUUUACCACAAAGAUGAAGACUACAGCCGAAUCCUCAGCCGUUGCCGUAAGAUUGAGGACUACAAGGAAGUCUCUGAGCAUCAGCGGCGCGAAAAGAUCCAGAUCGCUCAAGAAGAAUAUCAGAAACGCGAAGAGCAACGCCGUCAAGCCGAACUCCGUCGUCUGGAAGAGGAGAACCAAGAAAACGAAAAGAAACGACAACAGGCCGAGAAGGACGAGAUUGUCAGACGCCAGAAGGCCGAACAGCUCAAGCGAUUCCAAUCGAACCCGAUUUAUCAGCAGAUCGUCAAAGAAAAGGGAGAGGAGGCCAUGCAAACCAUGGAUCCGGAGCUGGUCCUCAAGGAACAAAGAGAAAGAAUGGAUGUGGAACGACGAGAACUCCAGAACAAACUGCGACAGCACGAGAAGAAGUACGAUUAUGUGGUGCGGGCCUUCCAUUUGGAGGAAAUCAAGCAUUACAAGAAAAUGUCGGAGGAUUAUUUGGAAAACGCUCCAAGCCGCUUCAAGGAAUGUGAAGAUCGACGAAUUCAGAAUGCAAUGUAAGUUUAUUUUGGUGAUUAGAAGCACAAUAUCGAACGUCAGAUGCAAUGUUUUGUAAAAAACGUGGGUGAAAAGCGAAAGGAGAGAGGUUUGCAGGCGUGUUUGAUUAGCCUAGUGGGGAGAGGGCUCGCUUGGGACUUCAAAGGUCGUGAGUUCGAAUCCCACUGGAGCAGAGUGAAGUUUUCAGCGGGCUAGGAUGGAAAUUUCUUGACACCUCUUAUGCUAGUGCAACAUUGUUGCACGAUGAUUCGUAAUUAGGACUGAGCCAGCGUUCGUUUUGUCAAAAAAAAAAAAUUUUUUUUCAUGUGAAAGUUUUUUUGCUAAUAUAUUUCUUUGCAGUGAGGAACACGAACGGUCCAUCCAAACCUACGAACGCAUGAACAAAAUCCGUGCUGAUGCCGAAGAGUUCCUUGGCCGACUGAUCGAAAGAAAUGCGGAGGAUUUGGAACGCCGCCGCAAGGAAUGGAAAAUCCGCCUCGAGGAAGAGAAACGCCGUCGUCUGAUCGAGAGAAAGGAACAACGAAAGGUGGACAGGAAGCGCCAAGAACAACAAAGAAAGAAGGAGGAGGAAGAUAGAAUCAAGGAGCAGGCCGAAAGAGACAAGAUGGAGAAGUUUGAGAAGGAUCGUCAAGAUCACCGUCAAAUGAUGGAAAGAAUCCGCGAAAAGGAACGCCAGACCAGUGGAUUUCCGCCAAGACGCGACCGAAACGAUCAAGGUGGAGGACGCUACGGAGAUCGGGAAAGAAAUGGCCCAACUGAUGGGGAUGGAGGAAAGGUAAGGUUCGAAAAUUUUGUUUUGUACUCUGACCUUCAGUUCGUCCCAUCCCGCGUCCGCCGAGAAGUCGACUUCAGCCGCGCUGACACCGACUCCAACUGGCGUCGUGGUGGUCCCCCCGCCAGAGAAGAGCGAGAAUCCGCCCCGGCUCAUCAGGAAUCCCAGCCCUCGUCUGGUGCCUGGGUCCCCUCGCGUCAAAGACAACAGCAGAACCAAGACUCUGGCAGCAACAGCAAUGCCUAUCGCCCUCCGGCAGCACGUCGAGACCGGGAUCAAGGACGAGCGGCUCCCGAAAACAGCUGGCGCUAA